AUGCACGAAAACCCUAAUCCAGCUAAUCAAGCAUAUGGUUGGCAUUUUCAAUAUCUGACCGUGAUUGGUCUAUCGUUGUCAACACUCACUUUUGCGGUUGCACUACUAGCGGAUAUUACCUUGUCCCGGAGACUGUUCCUGGUCAAAAACAUCCUAUCGACAUGUAGUGCCCCCCUUGAGGUUGUGAUCAGCGUUUUGUACUGGGGUCUUCGUUUGAUUGAUGAGCGUUUGGUGAUUCCCGAAGAUAUUGUUAUACCCGUCCAUGCCGACAUCAGCUUCCACGCAACACCCUCGGUGGUGAUGUUGAUUGACCUGCUGCUCCUAUCCCCACCCUGGACAAUCACUGCACUCCCUGCACUCGCAUUGUCUGGCACUAUCGCCUUCGGCUACUGGUUCUGGAUUGAGCAAUGCUUCUCCCAGAACGGAUGGUUCGUGUAUGACCUAGCGCUUCCGACGUCAAUCACUAAUCAUUCUAGGUACCCAUAUCCCAUCUUCGAAGCACUGCCCACAUCAGGUCGUGUUGGCCUAUUUACUCUCAGCGCCGCUGUCAUGGCACUGAGCACCAUUACUCUCAAGUGGCUCCAUGGACGCGUCAAUGGAUUUGGUAACCCCAUGAAGCCAGAAUCCCGUCCAGGCGAUAUUAAGCUAGAUGACGGUUUGUAA